AUGAAAACAGAGCAAAAUGACACCAAAAUUUUAAAUAAAAGCGAAGAGAAUUAAUAAAGUAUUGAAGAACCACGAACUGUCUUAAUUAAUUAACCUCUGAAUUUUGUUUAGACUUAAAACCUUUUUGUCUUUGAAUUUAAGUCUGAUACCUUAAGCUUGAUCGACCUUUUAAGAUUUAAACACUCCUUGGCCAAAAAGAUCAUCAAAAAAUUUAAAAAAUGA